AUGGCAAAAUAUGGUGUAGUCUGCGAGGGCUGGCCACUGCAGAAAUUUUGCAGCCCUGGAGAUAUUGGCUCACACACUGAAGUCAAGGUACUUAAUAGUGCAUGGAAAUUGAGGACUGUGAAGUUCCAGAAGAUGUCAAAGGCUGAGUUUGAGCAGUGGGAAAAAGAUAGGUUCCAGCAGAAAUUGAAUGUUCAUUCACCUCCCAAGCAUUGCACCAAUUCUACCGCACUGCACAGUCCAUUAGAAGGCUCAAGCUCCGCAAACCCCACAUCAUCUCCACCUGCCAUGAUGGAGGUGCCUGCAUCUGCGCUGCUUACCAUCGAAAUAAUAAGUCUACCACUGGGAACACUUGUCAACAUUAUAUCUGGUAUAGGUGGUAAGGAAGUUGUAGGUAAAAAGAAAGCUAGGAAGACGUGCUCUGAUAAGGGGAAAAAACGAGGCCCUAAACACUCACAAGCUACCAAUGCCAAUGCUCCAGCUGCUUGA